AUAAUCACACAAAGAAACGCAAAACAAAGCGCUGACGUACUGUCUCCUUCGUGCUGACUUCACACAAUCCAUUCACAGUCACAAUACUGUGGUACAUAUUUGGUCGGCCAUAUUUGCAAUUAUACACGUCUUGAAAAUUUCCAUGGUUCUCUCUUUAGUUGUACUCUGUUUUCAUAACGCGUUCAAAGUGUGCAUUUGAAAUAUCCAAACGACUUUGGCUGAAACAAGAAAAAAGUUGCAUUUUUUUUUCAACGAAAAAUUGCCACAAAUUUAUUUUAUUUAUUUUUGUAAAUGCAUAAAUCAGCUCAAUUUAGAGAUUUUUCACAACCAUGGCCGGAAAGAAGAAAAAGUUAUGCACAAGAUACACAAAAAUCCAUCGCAACAACACCUGCCCGUCAAAAUUCAGACCAAACGGUGGAAUCGUGGAGGUCAAUCGCGUCAUCAUCUUCAAUGGUGACCGUUACGCGAACAGUGAGUGGUUCAUCAGCAGUGAAAUUGAAACAACGGCCAGGUACAAAGCAGCGGCGAUUACCACAGGUCCAUGUGACAUUAGCUGAAGAAAUUGUUCUAACUGAACACAGCGAAUCAGAGAGCUCAUGUUACGAUAGUCUCAAUGAGAUGGAAACAGAUUUUUGCCGAGAUGAAAGCGACUGCAGCGAUGGUUAUGUAACCGAUGGAUUCGCAACGAUGGACGUUUUCGAGUAUGAGGUCGAUGACAGCUCCGAUAGCGAGGAUAUCUACUCACACGGUUCAUCAAGCGGAACGGAUGACAUGGUCGAAGUGGUGGCUAAGGCAUUGUUCGCUUCAAGCAGCGAUUCAGAUGACAUUGAAAUUUUUGCUCAAGAUGCGGAUACUGAGGAAUCAGAUGCACCCACUGAUCCCGAACUCGGAAGAGCUGACUAUUGGACAUGCAUCAAGUGCAAAAAUCGGAAAAAUAAUCCGAUGUAUCGAUACUGUGAGAAAUGCUAUCAGAUACGAAAGAAUCAUUUUCCACCACGACCGAAACACCGACGAAAGCGUGCUAGCCUUGGACGGCAUCAUCGUAACAACCUACUUGGAUUGAGCUCACCAUCGACUUCAUCGUCAAUAUCGAUACACGACGAGAAACAUGAUGAAGAUGGUCGUAUCAGCCGUAAUAGUAGCGAUGGCAGUGAUGGUAUUGGUAAUGAAUUCAUCCAAAAACCUAAGCAAAUGCGUAAACAACGACAACGAACGACGUCGCAUCCACAGAAGCAUAGUGCCGGUGAAAGUAGUUGCUGUUCAAGUCAAGAGCUAUCGCCUGAUGAACAACAAUCAACGUUACCAUCAAAUUACUUAGUGACUGCAUCUGCGAGCAGUCAAGAAACGUAUUGUUCGGAUCUCGAACAUAUAGUUAAUGUUAAUAAACAAUCUAAUUCAAAUUUAUUCGAACAUAAUUAUCCUAACAGCCAGGAAAGCGUUUACCCCAAUUCUGAGCCAGUUUCACAAACGAUUUCAUUCGAUAAUGUUUAUGAAAGUGUUCGUUCGCUGAGCAAACUAGAUAGUUUGGCAUCAACGAUAUCGGGCUACUCAGUCGGAUCAUCGCAAUCCUCCACAGAUUGUGAUGCCAACGGAACUCAACAUGCUGUUGUGCCGGAACUGAAGACAACAAACAGUUUUGAUGGAUCCACAAGCAAAGAACACAUGGCCAAAACAAAGAAACAGGAUGCUGAUGUCGAUGCUGCUGCUGUUGCAGCCAACAAGAGAAGAGCCAAGAAGCGGAAAAUCGAUUUUGCCGAUGAGAUCAGCGAUAGUGACAUCGAUGAUGAGGAACUGAUGGCGAAAAAAUUCCGUGCUAUGGAAGAAACCGACCCAACGAAUGGUAUGUGCAUGAUUUGUUUAUCGGAACCAAAAAAUGGUGCUUUUGUUCACAACCGAUUUUUACACGUAUGCUGUUGCUACCGGUGUACAGUUAAGGUGUGGAACAAAAGAAAACGAUGCCCUAUCUGUAAUUCACAGGUGAAAACUGUUCUGAAAAUGUUUGUUCAUUGAUUUGUAUACAAACUGUCAGUUUUGUUUUUUCAAUUUUAUUUGCACAUAAAGCCAUAUCAAAUAUGUUUUUUCUCUUGCAAACUUAUCGGCAUUCAAAUAAGUCUAAAUUUCUCGUUUUCAUCAAAAGCAUCAAAUGCUAAAUAUGUACGUAACAAGAAAGAAACACACAAUUGGAUUGAUUACGAUUUUAAGUAGGAAUUUUCAAUUUUACAAUCAAACUCGCUUCCAUCGAUAACAAAAAAAAUCUAUACCAUUUCGUGGAGCUAAUUAGGUCUAUUCAAAUUAAAAUUCAUUAUUAGAAUUCUAAAAAAUGUACAAAUCAAAAGUCAACUAGCAAGUAAAAUUUAACGUUAGGCAAAAGAAAAACUCGAAUCUGUAAAUGUUUGUAGUGAACUAUUUGCACUACAAACUCACGAUAAUAAUUUGAAAAUGAUCAAAUUUUGUCUAUUGAAAGGGUAGAGCGUUCAUUUUUCGAACGGAGCGGAGAAUAGAAAUUCAAUGCGAAAGAAAUUUCUUUUUUUUUUAAAUUUAUUUGCAAUACGUUCAUCAAGAAUGAAUUAGAUAACAAGUAUCCAUCUUUAUGAUUUCAUAAAAUGUGACGAUUAAAUGUUGAUUUUACUAACGCAGGUUUCGAGCAUACAUUGCAUACAAACAAAACAUACGAACUAUUCGACGCAAUACAACGUAAAUUUGUCAGAUUUUCCAAAAUGGAGAUGAGACAAAUGUUCAUGCGUGGUACUGUGUAAGUAGAUGCUUUGUUUGUAUGCAUAUGGUGUGAUGCGGUGAUUGCUAAUAAAAAUAAAAAAUCUUAAACAGCGCUAAACAAAAUUAACAACUAACAAAAAACAAUUAUCAAAUGCCCAAAUGUUGAUAUUUAAAAAAAAACAGUAAUAUUUUUCUGCUAAAUUAACCGUGAAAAAUAACAUUUAUUAUAUGGCAAAAUAAUUCACAUUUAUUCCAUGCUUAUUUAAAAAAACAAUCCAAUAUCCCAAAUGUAAAACCUUGAACCCUAUGUAUUUCUCCCUAUUUCAUAUAUGCUAUUUACCGAAUUUUUUCCCUUUAUAAUUCAUCAAGCGAAGUAUUUUUCUGAUAGAAAUGUGUCGGAUAUCGUUUAAUUUUUGUAAAAUUGACACAAAGUUAACCAAUUGUUUAAAAUUGUAUAUUAAAAGGUUUAAAAACAGAGAAGGAGACAACGUAAAAAUGACAAAAA